CUGCGAAAUUUCAUAUUGGGCUUAUACCACAACGAUGGUACUUAGAUACAUUAGUUGAAGAUGUCUUGGUAUUACUUGAACCAGCAAUUGUAGCAGGCUUAAAUAGUCAAUCAGAUGUAUAUGAAUAUAAUUCGCAUGUUGAUUUUUCACAUUUAGAACAUAUUCGUGGAAAGCAUGUUUUUAGCAAAUCAGUUCGUAAUGAAAUGAUGUGUAGAUUACAAUGGGAAAAAGGAUUUGGUAUAAUGAAAAAAACACUUAACUUGGCAAUUAUAACGAAUAGAACUAAUGAGCUCUAUAAGAUUCAUGAAAAUUUCACCAAAGAAAUGGAACUUGAACUUAUAAAGAAGAAUAAUGAAACUGAACAUAAUGACCCAGAGGAAUUUGCCUGUACUAUAAGUAAUCCUAUAAGUGUUAGAACAAAAGGCAGAAAGUCAAAAAGAAUUAAAGGUUUCAACAAUAAUAUGAAUAUAUCAAAGGGUAAAAAUAAAAAAAAACAAAUUCCUCAAGUUGAAUAUAAUAAAUUAGAUAAUGAUAACGAUGUUAAUUAUAAAGGAGAAGGUAGUAACGUGAAAGAAAAAAAAGGUGUAAAAAAAUGUGGAAUUUGCAACUCAAAGGGUCAUAACGCAUGCACAUGUCCAGGUUUAGCAGUAUCUAAUAGUUCAGAAGACAAUUCAGAAGAUGAUGAUUCAGAAGAAGAUAAUUCAGAAGGAAUUGAUUCAGAAGGAAAUAACUCAGAAGAAAUUAGUAUUAAACGAAAAUGUGGAAUUU